GACCGGACCAGUACAGUAAGUAGCGGAAACUUGUUCAGAGCAGGCGGUGUAUAAACAAAGCACAGAUGGAAAAGUUUAAAACAGUUCUCACUUUGGCUCAGAAGCAGCAGACGAGCUUAAGCUUCGGGUUCGUUGCUUUGUUCACAGCUGGGGGAGAACAAAUAUUUUCAACCGCUGUCUUCAGAUGUCCUUGCAGUUCCUGGAACUUUCUCUACGGCUGCGUUUUUCUCUUGGUACCUUCUCUCGUGCUGCUGUUGCUGGGUUACCUACUCAGCAGUAAAACCUGGAGGCUUUUAACUGGCUGCUGUAUGAAUACAUCAAAGAUUUUCAAGAUGAAUAAUAUUUGUGGCAUUAUCAAAGUGCUCGUACAGGUUACUGUAAAUGCAUCGGUUGCGCCGCUUACCUGGGUUGCGGUAGCACUGCUGCACGGCAGCUAUUAUGAAUGUGCCAUGACUGGUUGUAACAAUACAGCCUACAUUGAGAAGGUAUGCGACGGCAAGUCCAAAUCAUGUUUUCAAGACUUUCACAGACUGCCUUGCGCCGGUAAGUCUUCAUUGUCGGCAUCUGACAGGGAAGAUGUUUUACAGGAGAUACGAGCGCAGUCACAAGUGCUGGGAUGGGUGCUGAUAGCGACCAUCACAGUCAUUGCCCUGGCCUUUACCUGUGUCACCCGGUGCCGCUCCCCCGUCAGUUUUCUUCAGCUCAAAUUCUGGAUGGCUUACAUGCAUCAGGAGAACGAGCUGUUCGAAAGCCUUGCCACAGAACAUGCGAAGAACCUUGCCCAACGAAACAUCAAGAGCUUUUUUGAAUCAACAGAAGCUCCUGCAAUGAAGACACCUGACAACAAAGCAUGGGAUAAAAUCUCAGCCCUGUACAAAUUUAGUACUAAAGAUCAUUACUAUAGCAAGUUACACAAGUAUGUUGAAACCUGUGGUGAAAAUCAUAAGAAAUCAACCAGGUCCGGAGAAUGUGAUUUUGAAAAUCCUACAGUUCUGAACUUUGUUGAUGGAUCAAAUUUUUUGUGAAGGUGUGAUUUAACAAAAGCAUGAAUCAGAGAAGGGCAACUCCUUUUUAUUGGGCCAGUCUACACCAGAUUUUAGGGCCAGAGUUGCCCAUACCUGUACUAAAUUAAAUCACUUAAUACGAUUCCAAAGUAUUGACAUCACUUCCUUUUUUACAGACCCGUAGCCAUUGUCCUGAACAGAAGGGCCCAAUUCAUAGAGAUGGGUCAAGGGGUGCUAUAUUUUUAAAUAUGUUCUAUGAAAUAUUCUGCUACCCGUCCGCUCCAGCUCAUCCAAAACUCUGCUGCUCGCCUUGUCUUUUCCCUUCCUCAUUUCUCCCACGCUACACCGCUGAUCCGCUCUCUGCACUGGAUCCCUAUCGCUGCUCACAUCCAAUUCACAACCCUUGUACUUGUUUAUCGCUGUCUCGACCUUUCUGCUCCCUCAUUUCUCCCUACACCACUUCUCGCCCCUCCGGUCCUCCAGCAGGCUAGCUGUAUGCCCCCCCCCCCCUCCACUCCCCUGCCUCCAGAGCCCGCUACUUCUCCACCCUUGCCUCUCAGUGGUGUAACGACCUACCCACAGAUAUCAGGACUGCUCAGUCCCUGACCACCUUCAAGUGCCUCCUCAAGACACACCUGUUCAGACAGCAUCUGUAAACCUCACAACUCUCGAUCAUACUGGACUACAUGGCACCCAAUUGUACCAGUACUUGCAUCAGCUUGCACUUGCACUGAACUGCUCCAUACCCUGCCACACUCUACUACUGCUCCUAACUAUAACUAUUUACUGUACCUUGUAUUUGAUUUUACACUUAUAGGUAACCAUACUCAGGUUUUUGUAAUUACUCUUAUUUGAAAUCAUUCUCAUACUUACUAGGUGUUCUUACUGGACUUUACUCAUAGAAGCAAAUAUUUACUAUAAGUUUUAACUGCUCCUAGUCACACUCGCUGUUAUAAUUUAUUGUAUUCCUUAUGUUGCUCUUACUUGAUUUUGAUCUUAUUGUACUUUCAUAAGUGCUUUUAUCUGUAUUAUGAUAUUCUGUGAUGUUUUGUGAUAUUUUAUAAUGUGAUACUCUGUACUGUGAUAUUUUGUAACAAUUGUAAGUCACCCUGGAUAAGGGCAUCUGCUAAUAAAUAAAUAAAUAAAUAAUAAUAAUAAUAAUAAUAAUAAUAAUAAUAAUAAUAAUAAUAAUAAUAAUAAUAAUGAAAUCAACAUGUCAAAAGUCCUGUUGAAAGUGAUGUCUUUUUAUGCCAUUGUCUUAAAAAGUGUGAUAACCAAAUUAUACCUCUCAUUAACAUCUCUCAUCAGGGCCCAUGUACAAUAAGUGUUUUCCCUGCCGCAACAGAAUAAGUUCACGUCAAAUGAAUGUUCCGGGUAAUUAUAAACCUCUCAGAUCAUCUCAUCCAUUCAAGUUCUGAGCAAAUCGUUUAUCAUCCUGUAAAAUCUCACAGGACUUCACAAUCUCGACAGCCUCAUCAAUUCCACACAGCUUAAGUGAUCCAGUCCAAAAAACAACCUAAAAACACAGGUAAUAAAGGUCAUGACCAAAAUGGUUUAUAAUAGCAUUAAUAUUCUCCACAACUGUUAUUUCCUGUUGAUAACUGACCUUGCCUUCAGCUCCGGACAUCUAUCUAGUUUAGUAGAAAAACAAAAAAAAUAACUAAAUAAGUUAUUUCUAAAUUGUUCGGAAAAGUCUUUCUGCUGCCUCGCCAUGUAAACUACAUAGAGUAGAGAAAAUGGGACCAAUGGAUUAAUAGAUUUGUUUUACAUCUUCCCACCUGGGGGUAAAUACAACAGCAAAACCUGUGGUAUAAGAAUGCAACCUUAGCUAUGUGUGUGCCUUUAGUAUUACUACAUAGUUUACCAUGGAAUGUUUUAUAGUUUUUAAUGAUUACUAGUUUUGUAACAUUAGCAUUUGUCAUUUUCAGAAAAAAAUAUUCAAAUUUUACUUUGCUGCAAAAUACUUUAAACAAUCUGGUUCAUUUUGUUUUCCUUUGAUAGACAUGUUGAUUAAUUUGUUGUUGAUUUUAAAAAAGGCCUGUAAGGAAACAUCAAUAUUGGUUCCAUAUUUACACAAAUUGCUUUGAUGUAUGUAACAAUUACUUAUUUCAUUAAUCAGUGUCAAUGAUUUAUUUUGUUUUGUUUUUUCUGUACUGUUUAAUAUUGCACUUUCUUUACCACUGUUUUUGUAAAAAUAAAAGCUUUUUUUCAAAA